GGCUGUAGAAUGAAUUAUAAGUAAAAUCUAUACUUUUAUAUAAUUUUACAGAAUCAUUAAAACUUCUAAUAAUAUUCGUUUAGGGAAACAAGAAUGUAUUUAUUCCUGAUCAUUCACCAGUGACCAGUCUGACAGUCAACGUUUUCGUUCGUGGAUCAUGCAGCAUGUCGGAGUUAGAGGAGACCUGGACGGAGAAAAGCUUUUAUGACAAACCAUUGAAAGUUUGGCUUGGAAAUGAGGAAUGUAAUGAUGAUGGUUGUCUUCAGCUUGAUGUCUUCACAGCAGCCAGUAUUGGAUGUUUAGACAGAGUCAAGGAAAUAAUACGUCAAGAUAAAAGAAUGUGUGAUAAAAAAAACAGCAGUGGAUGGACCGCCCUGAUGUAUGCUGCCCAUUAUGGCCACAUGGACAUAAUUGAUUUCCUUCUUGAAUCCAAGGCAUCUGUUCAUAUUAGGAACCACCAUGGCUGCAAUGCCCUAAUGGUUGCAGCUGUGUGUGGUAAUGAUACUAUCGUAGAAAUAUUGAUAAAGGCUGGAAGUAUCCUGGAGACUCGUGAUAAUCGUGAUUGGACAGCUUUAUUUCAUGCAGUUUGUACUGGGUAUCACAAUGUUGUUGCACUGUUACUGAAGUAUAGAGUUAACCUCAAUUCCUGUGAAAGAGCCACAGGAAUGACUCCCCUAAUGUAUGCUGCAAAAAUGGGUGAUAUAGGAUUGGUGAAAGCAUUGUUGCAAAAGGGAGCUGCUACAUCACUCACCACACAUCAAGGCCACACAGCUGCAAGAAUUGCUCAAGAUGCUGGUUUUUAUGAAAUUGCAGCAGCAGUUACACAGAGUGGAUUACAAGUUGGGAGUGCGCCUAGUUUGUAUGAUGGUCCAGCAGCGAUAGAGGCUCGACGAACAGACCAGCAAGUAAACCAGAGAACAAGUAGGAGCAAUAGUACCACACCAUCUGUAGAUAAUACAAAUGUUCAACCAACAGACCUGGAAACUUUACUUGGCCAGUUAGGGCUGAGCUCGUACAUGAAUGUAUUUCGAGAACAAGAUGUUGAUUUGCAAGUUUUCUUGACCCUUACAGACCAAGACUUGAAGGAAUGUGGGAUUCAGAAACUUGGCCCAAGAAGAAAAAUGACAUCAGCAAUUGCACGCUGGCAUAGUAAUGCUCCAUUACGAAGUGAUGUGGAAUGUGCUUAUGCUGACAAGUUGGAAGUGGAAAUGCAAGAAUUAGGCAUGAAACUUGCCGAGGCGAUGAAAACACUGAAACAAACUAAAACUCAGGUAAGCCAAGAGAAUGAUUUAAGAGUUGUAACAGAAGGUUGGGUAGUUGAGGCUCGAGGACGGUUACAAGAAUGUCACCAGCGUGGUCAGCUCUUGAUGUCACACAUAAGUACUGUCCAACAGUGUGUGUCAAUUCUUUCUUCUCAGCCACCAAGUGUACAAUCACCUUUAAUGCAGCCUGCAAUCUACUCAACUUUAAGGGAAAAUAUAACCCAUAUAACAGGUCAAACUGAAGCUAUUCUUGCCCUCACAGACCCAAGCACUCCAAGGGGACCCCGAAGUCCACUUUUACCUUGCAAAACAUGAUUACGAUUUUAAAAACAAUGGUAUUGAAGAAGAGGAUACUGAUCAGCUACUAUACGUAUACAGUAUAUCAUAAAUACAUAGCUAUAUUAUAAUAAGCCAUCUUUAGAGUUAUUCAUAACUUUAUUGUAACUCAAAAUCCUUUGCUUUUAUUCAUUUAGCAGUGCCAUAAUUGGAGACAAUAUAUAUAUCUUCUACAGUUGUGAAAAUUCAACUUCAUUUGUAAAGCCCAGUCUAUAAAAUUGAAAGGUGUGAAAAAUGACUUGUAGACUUAAAAAUCUAUACAGAAAAUACAUAGGUAAAUGAAGGUAAUUAACAGAAUUGAAAGUUAAGAAUUUACUUCCUCUGAAUAAUAGCCAUAUUCAGAGGCUGUGACUCCUAUGGAAUUUACCUAUUACUUUUAGGGAAGCAGCUUUAAGGAAAUGCUUUUGGUAAUUCCAUAAAAAAAAAAAAUAUAUAGUACACUUAUAGGACACAAACAAAUGUUAAAUAAGGUUAUGGGUGCCCAAAGAAUUUGACAGUCUUAGAACCAGGGCAGUUUAAUAUACCAAAGCCAACAAUUCUUUUUGAAGCUUUUCUUAUUAGUAAUAGCAUUCUGUUAUCAGACUUUUUGACAGCUAGAUCUUCCUGCCCUGAUAUAAAUUUAUUUUUGUUACAUCUUGACAAUCAAUGAUGCUCCUUCAUUAAUUUAAGGUAAUAUUGAAUUCAAGUUCCCAUUUUUUUUAACUCUGUCAUCUUCCUCAAACAUCAUAAAUAUACCAUCGAGUAGGUAGUUAGCUUAAGUUGCAUUAGAAAGUGAACAUUUUGUCAACCAUUUUGUACUUCAUCAUCAUUGUUUGGCUGUUGCCUUUGACUUUUAGUUGAAAACACUGCAUUGUUUAAAUUUUGUAUUUUGUUCUUUGCAGGAAGUGCUUUUCUUUGAUGUUAAGUUUCAGUUUGGGGAUGUGUGAUUUUCAUUUCCAUGAGCCCUUUCUUUACAAUUUUUUUAAUUUCCUUAAGUAAAGCAGCAAGAAUAGAAAUUUUCUCCCAUAUCUGUAUGUUGCUGUAGUGACAUUUGAUUUUUGCUGUUAGCUCAAACAGUCUUAACAAAGGUGCUAAUACCCCACCUAAUAGGAUAGAACAUAAUAAUUUUUUUACGUAUAGGUUAUAUGUGAAAGUAAUUUUAAGAUGUCUUGUGAUUAAUUAUGAAAGGGUAAUUCAUAGUAAGGUAAGCAGCAUGGUUUAGAUAAUUCAACCAAAAAAUGGUUAUUGUUGAAAAUGGAUAUGCACUAGGUUGAGAAGCAUUGUUGUUAUGCCUUGUGUACAAAAAUAAAAGUACUGCCAAUGAUUAGAUAUUAAGAUUUGUAAAGAUAAUAAAAAUUUUAAGAUAUUUUUUACUUGUUGAUGAAGAGUCUUAUUUGAGUAAUCUCAAGAUCACUUGUAUACUUAUAUGUAUUAUAUAAAGAAAGAAGAUAACAUUAUUAAUUCUGAUUUUCAUUCUUACAUAAUUAUGUUUUUAAAUUAAGUAGAUGACAGAUGUUACAGCUGACCAAUUUUAAAAAGUAAUAUUGAAUUUGAUACCGCUUACCCAAAGUGUUCCAUGAUUAAAGAAGUACUGUACUUU